AGCGGAAGGGAGGGUAGCUCAAAGCAUUCUCUUCCGGACUCCUCGAGUCCAGCUGGAUCCAAAUGGACGCAGCACCUGGGUCAGGCGAUGGCGCGCUGCUGAUCGUGCUCCCGGGCAGAAGCGGGCGGGAGCCCGUGCUGCGGCGCCUGUGCGCCGCGCUGGCGCCGGUGCGCCUGGCGGUGCUGGUGCCCCGAAGGCUGUCGCCCUAUUCGGACUGGGCCAAGCACUUGGCGCACGCCUGGAUCGAGUUCGGGGACGAGAGCGGCUUCGCGCUCCAUGACGCUUGGGAGGCGGUUUCCCAGUGGCUGGGCUGCAGUGAUGAGCGGGUGCUAGGCUGUACGACCUGGGAUGAGUGGGGCAUCGAGAUCUGCGCGUAUCUCUGCUGCGAAGAGCGGCUCAACCUGCGGUACACGCCCCUGGACACGGUGCGCCAUGUGCGCAACAAAGUGCGGUUCCGCGAGGCCUGCGCCAAGGCGGGUGUGCCGGUGCCCGGCUUCGCCGGCAUCCAAAACGAGGCACAGCUGGAGUCGGUGCUGGAGAAGCCCUGGCGCUUCCCCACGGUGCUGAAGCCCGCCCAAGGGGCCGGCAGCUACUACUGCCGCAAGGCGGAGUCCGCAGGGGAGCUCCUGGAGGUCUUCGCAGUGCUGGACGAUCAGUUCCGCAAGGAGCGCAGCACGCCGGAGGGCGACAUUGCGGCGGGGUGGAUCCUUGAGGAGUGGUUCACGGGCCAGGAGGUGGACAUCGACGGCUGGGCCAAGGAGGGCCAGGUGGAGUGGUUUCUCAUCUCCGACAACAAGCCCGUGCUGGGCCAGGGCUGCUGCGAGACCGGGGGCCUGUAUCCCUCGCAGCUGCCGGAGGAGCUGCAGCAGAAGCUGGAAGCGCUCACACGCCAGGUGGUGGCGGCGUGCCCGGGCCUCCAUUCGGCCUUCCACUUUGAGGCGUUGGUGAAUCUGGAGACCAAGGCGGUGAUGCCGGUGGAGCUCAACCUCCGUGUGGGGGGUGCGGAGUGCCCCUGCUGCGUCGAGGCGGUGACCGGGGUCUUCCUGCCGCUCUGUGCCGCGGAGCUGGCGCUCGGACGGCCCGUGACGCCGCCCUCGGCGCCGAAGGCUGUGGUGGCUGCCUCCAGCAAUGAGUACGCGCCCUGCGCGGGCACGGUGCAGGCCUGCGAGGGCUCCGAGGAGCUCUUCGCGGACGAGCACUUCCUGGGCGGCGCCUUCUUUGCCAGAGAGGGCGCCUCGUACGUUCCGGGGCGUGGCUCAAUGAGUUGCCUCUGCUGGCUGGCGGCAAAAGGAGGCGAUGCGGAGGAGGCGGAGAGGAACUUGCAGCGAUGCAUCUCAAAUUGCCGGCUGCAGGUGAGCUGACUCUUCGGGGAAGGCGCGGCUUCGGAGGUUCGAGGCUUUGCUGAACCAUGCGCCAGUAGUACUGUCCGUGAUUCAACCAGGCGGACCCCCACUUGCAUUUGAUUUUGCCC